UCAGGGUCAGGCGGAUCCACCCUCUUCGCCUGCUCCCUCCCUCCUUCCAUUCCAUUCCAUUCCAUCCCCCUCCCCUGUCCUUUCUCCCCAUAGAAAACCGUGAAGUCCAUACCACACCACGGCCAUAGCAGAGAAUGUUCUUGGAUGCUCCUCCUGCCAGAACAUUCCAUUCAUAGUACCCAUCCGGGAUCCUCUCCUCUUCCUAAGCAAAAGGAAGGCCUCGCUCUCCCUCCCCUAAUUCUCUUCUCCUCACCCACAGCAUCCAUCACGGGUUCUUCUUGGCUCCAGGGGCUUCCUUCUUCUCCUUACUCUGAGUGGGGUUUAGGGGCCGCCGGGUUCUUGGUUUCCCGCGUAAAGUUUGGAUCUUGGCGGGUGAAUUAACGCCGGCGGCGAGGGCUUGUAAGGGGACGGGGUUCUUGGGACGGAGAUGGUCUGAAGAAAUCCCUGGGGUUCAGGAGCUCUUGCCUGUAGAUGUGCAACUUCGUGUGGCUAUUCCGUGUAAUCUGGCGGAUCUUCAGCGUCGCCUUCUGAUGAUCCCUGUUCUUCACUCCUCCAAGGCCUCUCGACUGGAUUGAGUCUCUUUUUGUGGGGGAAAGUUGUGUUUUUUUCUUCAAAAAAGAAGAAGUUUCUUGAGGGUUUGGUUCAAGCGCGUGCAGAAAAGCUGGAAUCUUCCAGCCUUUGAUCUGAAGGAACCGAACGGCUCAUUGAUGUAGUGUUCUCUCAAUCGUCCUUGGCCUUGGAAGCAGCUGCUCCGAGAUGGCCUGCCUGAAGCUGGGAUCGAGAGCUGAUGUGUUCAGGAAGCAAGGACAAGAAUGGUAUUGCACGUCUGGUCUUCCCAGUGAUAUAACUGUGGUAGUUGGGGAGCAGUCGUUCCAUCUCCACAUGUUUCCUCUAUUAUCAAAGAGUGGUCUUUUGGAGAGGCGUAUCAGAGAGAAAAUCGAUAAGGGAGAAGAUAGUUGUGUCAUUGAUCUAUCUGAUAUUCCUGGGGGAGCCAAGGCUUUUGAACUAGCUGCUAAGUUCUGCUAUGGUGUAAAGUUUGAAAUGACUUCCUCCAAUGUUGUACACCUUCGUUGUGCUGCUGAUUAUCUCAAAAUGACAGAAGAGAUGGCCGAGGGGAAUUUGAUUCCUCAGACAGAGAACUUCCUUACCCAAACAGUCUUCAGGAGCUGGAAAGACACGAUCAAGGCCCUUCAAACUUGUGACGACGUCCUUGAUAUUGCUGAAAGAUUGCAAAUUGUAAAGAGGUGUGUCGACUCGAUUGCAACUAAAUCAUGUAGUGAUCCGGAUUUAUUUGGCUGGCCAGUAGCCCAGUAUGGAGGUCCCAUGCAGAGUCCUGGAGGAAGCCUCUUGUGGAAUGGUAUUAGCACAGGAGCAAGGCCAAGAAAUAGCAGCCCAGAUUGGUGGUACGAUGAUGUCUCAUCUUUAAGCCUUCCGUUAUACAAAAAGCUCAUUUCAGCCAUGGAAUAUCGGGGCAUCAGUCAGGACAUUAUCGUUGGAUCCCUUAACCAUUAUGCCAAAAGGCGUUUGCCUGGUUUGAAUCGGCGUAAAAGCAUCAGUGAUGUCAGCAACUGUCUUUCAAUGACAACUUUAACAGCCAUCCCUUCUGAAGAGGAACAGAAGUAUCUUCUUGAGGAGAUUGAUAGACUGCUACCUUUUCAAAGGGGCGUCACAUCUUGCAAGCUACUGUUUGGCCUUCUGCGCACAGCAAUCAUCCUGAAAGCUAGCUCCUCAUGUGUAUCCAACUUGGAGAGGCGGAUAGGUAUGCAGCUUGACAAGGCCACUCUGGAGGAUCUUUUGAUACCAAACAUCUCUGUGUCUGUAGAAACACUCUAUGAUGUGGACUGUGUCCAGAGGAUUGUUGACCAUUUUCUGGCAAUGGAUCAAGAAACUGGUGGGACUUCCCCUGGCCUUGGUGAAGAUGGGCAAAUGUUAGCUUCACCAUCUUUAAUGCCGAUUACUGUGGUUUCUAAGUUGAUUGAUGGUUACCUAGCUGAAGUUGCACCAGACGCGUACUUGAAGCUGCCAAAGUUCCGGUCUUUGGCUGCUGCUAUACCAGAUUAUGCCCGUCCAAUAGAUGACGGACUUUAUCGUGCUAUUGACAUAUAUCUCAAGACGCAUCCUCACCUGUCGGAAUCAGAGAAGGAAGAGCUCUGCCGAGUGAUGGACUGCCAGAAGCUCUCCCUGGAGGCCUGCACCCACGCGGCCCAGAACGAGCGGCUCCCGCUCCGUGUCAUCGUGCAGGUGCUCUUCUUCGAGCAACUUCAGUUGCGGAGCUCCAUCGCCGAAUGCCUCAUGGUGUCUGAGCCCCUCGAGGGCGGCUCCAGGCAGCUCGGCCUGCCCAUCUCCGGCGAGCACCACCGUGCUGCCGGCUGGCCCCUGGGCGCCAGGGAGAACCAGACGCUGCGGGAAGGCAUGGACAGCAUGAAGCAGCGGGUGGCCGAGCUGGAGAAGGAGUGCUCCGCCAUGAGGGAGGACAUCGAGCGGCUGGGCCGCAGCCGGAGUGCCGGCAAGAGCAGGUUCCCCUUCCCCCUCGCCGUGAGGCCGCAAAUUUGCAGCACCAAGGAGGCUGCUCCGGCCACGACAAUGACAAUGACGGAGGCGGCGGCGAGCGAGGACAAGCUGGCCGUGGUGAAGGCUGGCAGUGGCAGUGGCGACACGCCGCAGCUGAAGCUCAGACGGCGCAAGAAAAACCUGUCAUAGAUGAUCAGCCCAAGUCCUAGACUCUCUCCGAUCAGCAACUCGGUAUAAUGUUUCGAUGAUGUGUCUGUCAACUUUGCUAGAUGUUUUUGCAUACAUCCACCCAGGAGGAACUCAAUAUCGAUCUGGUUAUAAGUUUUUGACAUUUGUCGAGUGAUAAUGCAGUCUUACUGAGUUAUUAACA